AUGGACAAAAAUAUUGGGAUGUAUAUGACAAAAGGAGGUGAUACUGAAGAGUAUUUUAACGACGAAGCCACUGAAGUAAUUGAAAAGGGGGUGAAUGUUCUAUUUAACAUACUAAAAACAACACUUGGUCCUCACGGUGCACUUAAAAUACUCAAAGGUAGAGACAACAUAGUUACAAAUGAUGGUGCAACAAUUUUACAAAAUCUACUUAUUGACAGUCCAAGUGCUAAAAUGAUUAUAGAUUCUUCUAAAUCACAAGACUUUGAGGAAGGUGAUGGCACAACUAGUAUUGCAGUAUUAGCAUUAUUGAUAUUAAGACAUGCAUUUAAGAGUAAAGUGCAUGUUUUGAGUAUAAUCAGGGGAAUAAGUCUUGGUGUUAAGACAGUAGAAAAUGUGUUGAAUAUAAUUAAGUUUGAAGCUAAAAACAAUGAUGUAAAGAAUUUAGUUAAAACUACUUUAAAUUCAAAAGUUCUUAAUUCUUAUCUUGAUCAGUUUGUAGAUAUUUGUAUGAAUGCUGUUAAUAAUUUAGAUAAAUCAUGUGAUUUGAGUUUAAUAAAUAUAGUAAAAAUUGAUGGAGAACUACAUGAAAGUUCCUGGGUUGAAGGACUAGUAAUUGAUAAAGAAUUAAAUUCAAAUGAAAUUGGUAAAGUUUUAAAAGAACCUAAAAUAUUGUUAGUUAAUACACACCUUGAUUAUGAUAAAAUAAAAAUUACAUCAAGUAAGAUUCAAGUAAAUUCAAUAAGUGAAUUAGAAGAUAUUGAAAAUGCCGAAAAGAAAAGAAUGGCAGAAAAGAUUGAUUUAAUUACACAGCAUGAUUUUGAUUUGAUAAUCAACCGUCAGUUAAUUUAUGAUUUUCCAAUGCAGUUGUUAGUUGAAAAAGGGAAAACAGUUAUUGAGAAUGUCGGUUUUGAAAAUAUUGAGAGAUUGGAGAAGAUUUCUGGAGGAGUUUUAUUAAGUCAUUUUAAUAAAAUUGAAGGUAAUGAAGAAGUAAAUUCAGUGUUAGGUAAAUGUGGUAAAGUUGAGACGAUUCAACUUAAAAAUAAAUAUUUUACUAAAUUUACAGGUGUGAAGAAUGGUGCAAGUACAAUUAUAUUAGCAGGUUCAUCACCAGUUAUGUUGGAUGAAGCAGAACGUUCAAUUCAUGAUGCUUUAUGUGUUCUUAAGAAAAUUAAGAAAAACCCAUUCUGUUUAUAUGGUGGAGGUAAUGUAGAAUCAAUUUUAUCAUCUGAACUUAACAAACAAGCAAAUUUAAACAAGACGAUUAAAGCUGAAGGUUUGAGAAUUUUAUCUAAUGCUUUUAGAGAAUUUACUGAGGUAUUAACAGAGAAUUCAGGAUAUGAAGGCAGUAAGUUUAGCACAGUAAUGAGGGCUAAUUAUGAAACAGUAAAAGAACAUUAUAAGAGUUCAUUUACAAAAGGUUUAAAUAUUGAGAAUGGGCAACCAGGCUGUAUGAAGGAUUUGGGUGUAAUUGAGGGAUUUGACAUGAAAAUGAGAGUACUUAAAGCUGCUUGUGAGACUGCUCAAUCAAUACUUAAAUGUGAUGGUGUAAUUAAACAUCAACCAAGAAAGAGAGACAGGUGUUAA